UUUUCUUUCAUUUCCAAUCAAUAAUUUUUCCUCCAUUUUCACCGGAGGAAAAAAAAAACCCAUCCGACACGAUGCCGCAGACAAGCAACAACAUCGUCGGCUUCGUCAACCUCCUUUCAUUCCUUAUCUCGAUCCCGAUGGUCAUCGUCGGCGUGUCAAUGAGCCAAGGGAGUGCAGAGGAAUGUUAUCAAGUGAUGGCUAAGCCAAUGAUCAUAAUCGGAGGUUUCUUCAUGUUUUUUUCUCUGGUGGGUAUAAUCGGCGCGUGUUGCAACGUGACGUUCUUGCUUAUUGUUUACCUUAUCCUCAUGAUGUUCGUUAUCAUCGUCGGCAUCAUCUUCUCUAUGAUUACGAUGAUAGCGACGAGUAAAGGGGCGGAGGAAGUGAAAACCAGAGAGGGUUAUAAGGAAUAUCGACUUCCCGAUGACCCUAAUUGGUUGGCUAUGGCAAUUUUAAAAGAAAAGAGCUGGGAAAGUAUUAAGAGUUGUUUAACUGUGCCUGAACAUAAUGUUUGUACUGACUUAAAAGAAAGACAAAUUAAUAGUACUGCCACGGAAUUAGACCAGAAUGAGUUAACUCCUAUUCAGUCAGGUUGUUGUAAGCCACCGAGCGAAUGUGGGUUCGUAUAUGGCGGAAUGACGACGUGGACGAAAAACAACGGUGGAUCAUCGAAGAACAAUGAUUGUAAUCUAUGGAAUAACGACAACAAGACACUGUGCUUCGACUGCCAGUCAUGCAAGGCCGGCGUCAUAUACGGCGUCAAAGAUUCUCGGAGGAAAUCGUCGGUCGUUAACAUCGUGUUCUGCAUCUUCAUCGUCGUUUUCUAUUUUAUUAGUAUUUGUGCUUUAGGGAACUCUGCCAAACAUGGUUGAGGUUGAAUAUUUCACUCUUUGUU